CCUGGGAACAGCUCAGAACAGAAACUGAAACCGAAGACGUUUUCUACACAGAAAGUAGAGUUUCGUUUCCAGAGUAUGUCUCUGACUCCGCCCCCUUGUGCGGAGCUAAGCCAGUACGGGGAUAUAAAACUAGGCAGUCAGAGGCUGUGACAGAGGCUGUGACAGAGGUGGUGACAGGACACGGGAAGAGGAAGCAGCCCCAGAAGCCUGAGUUCAAAUGUGAGAAGACCUUCCUUGCCUAAGAAUUGCAGCCAUGAGCCUGCAUCUAAAUGUGAAGACCACUGGGGUGUUCCCUGCAAAGGAGGGCACAGUAAAGGCAGGCUACAACACCACUGUCCUGGACCUGAAGAAAGAGAUUGCCAAGAAGUUCAGUGUGCCUGCAUAUAGGCAGCGGCUGACCACAAAAGGUGGGGAACUAUUGCUCAACUGGAAAUGUCUCUCCGAACACAAGUUGAAUACUGGGGACACACUGCUGCUGGUAGAUCAAGACCAGUCCUUAGACAUCCUGGUGCGGAAUGGCACCCACACCAGCUCCUACCGCAUCCAACUGAGCCAGACUGUGGCCCAGUUGACGAAGAUGGUGCAGGACAGGGAGUUGAUCAGAGGGAACCAGUUCUGGCUCUGCUUUGAGGAGCAGAACAUGCAAGAUAAUGACCACUUGGGAGACUAUGCCCUCAGCCCACUGUGUACCAUCCAGAUGAACCUAAAGCUUCCUGGAGGAGUUACAGGCACUGGGGGCCUUGGACUCACUGGAUAGGGAAGAGAAUGUGUGUGUGUUAGGGGGCCUUGUCAUUCUCUUGACUCUUUAAUCUGACUUUCCUCUAGCUCUUGGGUUGGGAUCAAUGAAGGGCUGGGCCUUGAGAUUUGGUUUGAUGCUCCCCUAUUGACCUGCCAUUCUCUACUCCCCUGGGUCUUGACUCCUCUCCUAGGUCUCGACCCUUUCCCUGGCAUGCUCCCUGCCUGAAAAGUCUGGAUCCAACAGUUAUAAUGAAUGUCAAUAAAGGAGAAAACCGGUCUCUUA